AUUUUUUCUCAAAAUUUAGAUAAUAUCUUCAACCUGCUUUCACCCUUUUCCUCGCUGCAGAUCCAGUGAACACGUCAAGAUUUAUUUCGGAAGGUUAUUUCUGGUCUCAUCUCAGUAGUGCUGAACCUUUAUAUAUCUCAGGAGAUAAGCAACGAGAACACAAGACUUCGGCAAAUUGCGGCAACGAGUUAGAGUCAAAGGAGAGUUGGAGACAAAAAGGACGGACAGUUCCAUAAUCACGCGUUUAUUUUCAUCUUCUCAAUUUCGUUCCUACCUUCAUCGUUGAACCAAUCCAAGAAAAACUGGGCAAGCCCUAAGUCAUCUCCGAAAUCGCAGAGGAACUUUUGGAAGUAGCGCCUCAUCCAGUUAAUCGUGCACAGGGUUUGGGGUUCUCUAUGUUCCACAGUUGUUUGCAGGUUGGAGUUGCUUCUUUAAGUUCGCCUUGAUCAUGUCCGGGUUUCAAAGGAUCGUCGUACUUGCUUGCCUUUCUGUAUCUCUUUUAUCGCUUAAAGCGUGAGAUUAGACUUUUCUCAGGAAUUUUUAAGAUUUUUAAUAGUUUGGAUUUGUUCAUACGCUGUGCUGUAACAGUAAUUGGAUUCAUAAGGAGUUUUUUUACCUUGGAAGCGGGAUUAAAACCAGGAACCCUAUAUUUUUAGUCUGGAUUGUAGUUUAAUUGCUUUUCCUGAAGGCCGGGGUGAGUGAUAGCUGGUUUAGGGUUAUUCUGAAUGAAUAUGAAGCCGAUUGUAAAGGCUAGAGCUAAUGAGAACAUGGUUGAUUUCUUCCCUCCAACCCCAAGGAAGGAUCUUCCGUACGGCUUCAUGAAGCUGGCCUGCGGAUUGGUUCUGUUCAUGGCUGGAACAGUUUUGGGCAUGGCAAUGAGAGCCCAGUUCAAUUGGUACUUCACAUCCCACACCGAACUCUUCUUCCCUGAGAAAAUUUACUCUGCUGAUUGUGAACGAGAAACUAUGAUCCUAAAAUACUUUGUUAAGCCAAUCCAUUUGAUGCAUAAGAUGACAGAUGAUGAACUUUUUUGGAGGGCGACACUGCUACCCAAGGUUCAAGAGUAUCCAUUCAAGAGGGUUCCUAAGGUCGCUUUCAUGUUCCUGACAAGGGGACCUUUGCCGUUCUCUUCCUUAUGGGAUGUGUUUUUCAAAGGGCAUGAAGGGUUGUUCUCAGUUUAUGUGCAUGCUCUUCCGGAUUACCAGAUCAAUGUCCCCAAGAAUUCAUCUUUCUAUCAACGGCAAAUCCCUAGUGAGGAGGUCCAGUGGGGGUCAGUGACUUUGUUAGAAGCUGAAAAGCGUCUUCUCGCAAAUGCCCUGCUAGAUUUCUCAAAUGAGCGUUUCGUGCUACUAUCUGAGAGUUGCAUUCCUGUUUUUAACUUCCCCACAGUUUACGAUUACCUUAUCAACUCUGCCCACAGCUUUGUUCAAUCCUAUGAUGAUGAGUCACCUCGCGGCCGUGGUCGUUAUAACACAAAAAUGCAUCCUACUAUUGAGCUCAGCCAAUGGAGGAAAGGGUCGGAGUGGUUCGAGCUCAAUCGUGAGCUAGCCAUCGAUAUCGUGGCAGAUUACAAGUAUUACAGGAUCUUUCAAAAGCUUUGCAGGCCUAGCUGCUAUCCUGAUGAGCACUAUAUUCCAACAUACUUGAACAUGUUCCAUGGGGCUCUCAAUGCGAACCGGACUGUAACUUGGGUCGAUUGGUCGAGGCUAGGCCCUCAUCCAGCAACAUAUGGAAGAGAGAGUAUCACUGAGAGUUUUAUCAAAUCCAUCAGGAACAGUGGAGAAAUCUGCAAGUACAACAAUGAGCCAACUUCUAUCUGUUAUCUCUUUGCUAGAAAGUUUGCUCCUAGCGCUUUGGAACCUCUGCUCAAUCUUACCUCAACGGUUAUGGACUUCUGAUUUUCUCAGGGAUAUUGUUCUUAUUGAGACCUAUUGGUGUAUUAAUGUUUCAUUUGAAGGCCUUAUCAUAGCAACUCAUGGCAUAUGAAAUUGAAAUCUUCAGAGAUAUAAAAGCAUUACUGUGAGAAUGGAAGAAACAUAUAAGGUA